AUGGAUAUUAAUUGUUGUCCACGCAACGAUUUUUCAUUUCCAACAAAAAAUAGUACUAAAGAUUUUCUUUCAACAUGGCCAACAACAUUAAAUGGAAAUAUAUCGAAUGAAAAUAUCUUCGAUCAAGAAACAAAACCAUUUCAAGAUUAUAUUCUACGUAAUAGCUCGAAUAUAUUAUCACUUGAACAAUCAUCAUCAUCAUCAUCUUCAUCAACAUCAUUAUCAUGUGUAUUACCAUUUCAACAACUUGUUAUUAAUGAUCUUAAUACACAACAUAAUUCAUCAAUUUUACCAUUUACAUUUAAUAAUAAUAGUUUAAAUGAACCAUUACCAUUUAGUUCAAAUCAUCAAACAAAUAUAAAUGAUGAAAAUGCACGACCACCAUGGUUACUUUCCUUAGCACCUAUAUCACAAAUUUCACCACCAUUUUUACAACAAAAUCAACAACAAUCAAUUUUACCAAUGAUAUCACCUAUACAAGAUGAUUCAACAGAAAAUAUACGUCAUUGGAUUGGUGAUUUUUCAACUGAACAAACAAAUACAAAUAAUAAUAAUAAUAACAAUAAUAAUAAUAAUGGUUUACAACAAAUACCAUUACUUUCACAAAAAGUUUUUAUUGGCGGUGUACCACGUUUUGCAACUGAAACUGAUAUACAUGCAAAUUUUGAUCGUUUUGGCAUAUUUGAAAUACAAUGGCCAAAAUUACAUGGUGGUCAUAAAGAACAACAUCGUGAAAAUGGAUUUUUUCAUAUUGUUUUUCAUAAUGCAAAAUCAGUUUGUGCAUUAUUAGAUAGUUGUUCACGUCAUACAAAUAAUAGUGCAUGUGCUGAUUAUUUUAUUCAUUUUGAAACAGCAACUGGUUCAAGAAAAACUGUUGAAGUUAUACCAUGGAAUAUUGGUGAUAAUAAUUAUGCUUUGCGGUAA